AUGUUUUACGAUGACGAUAUCGACAAAAUUUGGAGUUUUGACGGCAGAAACUCUUCAUUCAAAUCUCUCAACUCGGCUUGGCCUGCUGUCCUCAGCGCCCCUCCUGCGGUCGUCCUCAAUACGCGCAACAGCAACUUGAAUUUCAGAGAAAUGUUGAAGCCUAAUAGUGAUGUCAACUACGCAGGUGCGCUGAUUAUGACUCUUGUGCCUUUGUCACACACGUCUAAUCACCACAUAGAGGUCGUCCAGCGCAUCAUUAUCAAGACUGAUCAGCAGGCCAGCAUCUUUCUGCAACAGAAACUCAAGUCACUCGAGCGCCCACAGCUUGAUCUUCUUGUUGAUGCUGUUCUCAACCGCGCUCUGCCGCUGUCGACUAAUCGCUUCGGCAACUUUCUCAUACAGAGGAUCCUUGAUGUGGAAGACAUUAGCUAUAAGUUGCGUAUAGUCAAUGCCAUCAGUGGUCAGAUCGAGGGUGUCGCUAUGAACUCGUACGGCACUCACGUCCUCCAAAAGCUGCUGGCGACGUCUCCUGAGCAUGUCAAGGCGGGUUAUAUCAUGAACAAAAAUGUCGCUCAGGGAGUCACGCAUAAGAACGCUUCGCAUGUUUGGUCAAAAGCGUUAGAAAUCAAAUGGCUUAUCUACACUCCUCAUAUCAUGCCCACCGUCAACGCCGCUAUGAAGGGGCGCUGGGUGCACUGCGCGAAUACGGACACGGGCUCGCUCAUCAUUCAGUCCAUUCUCGGUAAAGAUGGUGCUGGGGCGUGUUUCAAUGAGAUUCUCGAUAACAUAACUUCCUGCGCACUAAACAAAUGGGGCUCCACCGUCGUACAGUAUCUUAUAGAACGCGCUUCGGAAUCUUCACUUGCUCGCGUCACUACCCUGCUGAUCUACUCAUAUAAGCAACUGUCCGUUGAUUUUUACGGCGCGCGUUGCCUUAUGGCCUGCCUCACUAUGGGGAGGAAGAAUGAGUAUGCUGUUGAACUUCUGUCGAGGCUGCUGCUGAACGAUGCAGAGACCAUUUUUACAAUUAAAGUGAUUGUUGACAGCUCAAUCGGCGCUCAGUUCCUCGUGAACAUCCUCUCUUUGAUGACCAAGAAUAAUCAUCACAGACUGCUCACUCUCAUUCACUCAGCUAAAGAGCUUAGCGCUGGCGUUGAAGCAUGA